UUUAAGAUGAUAAAUUCAUACAAAUUGGAAAAUGCAUGUGAACAAGUCCGCCAAAACCGAAAUCACAAAACUUCACACUUCUCUAUAGAAUAUGAAAUUUGUACUUCACUCUCUCAGUGUUGACCUUCCACAAGAUCCCACUACCUGCUACAAUACCAACUCGUCUUAAAUAAAACAUGCUUCUGCGUGAUUAAAUGUAUUAAAACAUAAUAUAUUAGUAAGUUGACUUUAAUCCCAACUAAUCGUAUACACAAUACACUUCAUCUUCAACUCUAAGCAAUCCAAAUCAGAUUUCCAUGGAUUCCCCUUGCAAUUCAAGAUCUUUCUCUUCUAAACUCUUCUAUCUUUUCUUACUUGUGUCUUCAAAUCUUCUCACUCUCUUCAUUUCCACUAACUUGUAUUCUCCAUGUUCUCUAGGAACUCGAGUAGAAUCCGUCACACCCAUUGGGAAAACUGCUGAUUGUGCCCCAAGAGAUCCCAAGCCAACCCCGAAAGUAGAGAUUGUCAAACAAUUCAAUGCAUCGGAAAGUGAAGCAGACCUCCCUGAUGAGUUUCUUGCUUUCACAUCCCCACAGCAGCUCCCACUGGGUUAUAACUCAAAUUUUGAUUCCGACAAAAUCCUCCCUCCAGUUGGCCAUCCGUGUGCACUUUUCCCUGAUAUGCUUCGCCAGUAUAUGUCAUACAAAGUCAAUGGAUCCUGCCCGGACGACGAGCUUCUAGCACAAAAGCUUCUCCUCCGGGGAUGUGAGCCACUUCCUCGACGCCGGUGCCAUCCAGCUGCACAGAAAGAAUACAUUGAACCAUACCCACUUCCUGAUAGCUUAUGGAUGACACCCUCGGACUCAACUGUUGUUUGGACAGCACAUACCUGCAAGAACUAUUCAUGUCUCAUCAAUCGUAUGCAUACUCAGAAAGGUUUUGACGACUGCAAGGACUGUUUUGACCUUGCUGGACGAGAGAAAACCCGAUGGACUGGCAAUGGUGGGGGCCUCGACUUCUCCGUAGAUGAAGUACUUGCAGUAAAGAAGCCUGGCACAAUAAGAAUAGGGCUUGACAUCGGAGGUGGGGUGGCUACAUUUGCUGUCAGAAUGAGAAAAAGAAACAUAACAAUCAUCACAACUUCAAUGAAUCUAAAUGGCCCUUUCAAUAGUUUCAUUGCAUCAAGAGGCGUUGUACCUUUGUACAUAAGCAUUUCGCAAAGACUCCCCUUCUUCGACAACACACUAGAUAUCGUGCAUUCUAUGCAUGUUCUGAGUAACUGGAUACCCACAAAACUGCUCCAUUUCUUGAUAUUCGACAUAUAUAGGGUGCUUAGGCCUGGUGGACUGUUCUGGCUCGACCAUUUUUUCUGUGUUGGGGAUGAGUUGGAGAAUGUCUAUACACCCCUCAUAGAAAGUGUCGGAUUUAACAAGGUCAAAUGGGUGGUGGGACGCAAGCUUGAUCGUGGCCCGGAGCUAAAUGAGAUGUACGUUUCUGCAUUACUGGAAAAACCACUAGAGAAUUCUUGGUGAUUGUAAUUAAGCUUCUUUCUUUUCUUUAUUUAAGCUCUUCUAAAUAUUGCAGGAAAGAAAUUUUGUAUUCUGAGCACAAAGUCUAAUUAUUAUAGCAGGAAAUUGGCAGUCAAA